GAAUGCGAGUUGAGGGACGAGCUGUGGUUCAUCGAGUUCGGUCGCGGAGCAGCGCUGCCGUUGACCCCGGAGGAAGCACCGGUGGACGGGGAGCCGGUGGUGCCUUGCGCCCAGGGUCGCAUCGUCGUUGAGACCGCGAGGCCGGCACCGCCACAUUUCGCUACCUGCUCCACCUAUCGCAGACCUCUGUUCAGUCGCACAUCGAACGAGGUGUCGAUCAGCGAUACAGCACCGUCGUCGAGUGGUACGGAGCAGAGUCAGUCGGAGCAGCAGCAACAGCAACAGCAGCAGCCACAGCAGACCGUUGGCGGCAAAGGCGCCGUCAGCAAGGGCGCGCCGCAGAGUCCCGCUUCGAGACCGGAGGACCUCGGCGUGACACCCUGGUACCUGGAGGAUUAUCCGACCACCGAUACUUCGCCGGGACCGAUAGGCGAUAGGAGCUCGUAUCCCUCGUACUCGUACGCCGAUGGCAGGGACGGCAGGCCGGAUCUAAAUUCGACGAGGAACAGCAGCAUCGAGAGCGAAUUCCCGAAGCCGGCGGUGUCGAUGCCGCGGAAGGCUUGUAUGGAUCUGAAGACCGCGAUGGCGCUAUUGGAUGAAACCUGCCCGAAUGUGGAACCAAGCCCGUCUCUCACCCCAAGAACGCCCAGAACGCCGCUCACGCCGUACGCGACGCGGAGCAAGCGGGCCCGUUCCAAGAGCAGCGACAAUUCGUCGAAUUACAGCAACGAUCGGUUGAGCGAUCGCUCGUUCGAGGUCAAAGAUAAGGAAAAGAAGAGGCCGUUCCUCUGGAAGAUUGGCAUCUCGAAAACGGAGGACCGGCCGUUCCUGGCGAAACUGGCGCCGAGGAUCAUCGGCAAGCCUUAUCUGGAGAAAAUCGGGCCCAGCAAAGCCGUCGAGAGACCGUUCCUGGAUAAGAUCGGUUCGUCCAAGACUCUGGACAAAUUCAUCUUCGACACACCGCGUAACGAACGCAAGAAUGAACUUAGGACGAGGACGAUGAACGACGCGAUGAAGAACCACGACGGGGCGAAGAAUAACAUCAGGCACGAAAUGAUGGCCAUCGAACAAAUUGCCAUCAAAGAAGACGUUGAAAUACCAGAGGUAACACCCGUUACUCCCCGUCUAGAAGAGGUACAACGCAAACCUGAGGAGACCUCAAAAGUGGCGACGACAACCUUCGACAGAAGACGUUCGGGUAAAGAGUUUCUGCUGAAGAUGUGCUCUUUUGAGACGGAGGAUCUGGAGUCCACUGUACCGUUGAAGGAACGACACGGCAUCUCUCUAGACGAUGCGCUGGACUCAGGUCCGAGCUCGUUGCCGACGGACGCCAACGGCGAUGAGCGAACGGAGUCGCGGUUAGAAUUGGAAAAGCGACCGACCAGCGUAACCGCCGAGUUAUUGAAGUGCCGAGUGACGACGAGCGAGGAGAUCAUAUCCUCCUCUACCACGUGCUUGAACCAUUCGCCGGGUGAGACUAACAGCUGGAACAACUCGCCGCGAAGAGCGCAGCGAACGAGGAAGGAAACGGCCACUAUGAUUCGCCGCAGACUCUUUCAGGGUUCCCACGAAGUCGUUCGUAGCGACGACAGCACGCCGAACUCACCCACGAAGAGGCCCAUCUCAAGUGUUUCUCCUGAUCGCGAAAUCGAGUCCAGGGGUAACGCUCUGGAGAGAGGUACUCUUUCACCGACGAAGACCAGAAAAUCGCUCGUAGAAGAUAUCAAGACGGUCGAGAAUACACGCAGAUCCAUCAAGUACAAUCAGUUCGAAAGACGGGGCAUCUCCUCGGACAAUCUCCUGGCGAAGGACGCUCUUUCAUUUGUCACUGCCGCACGGAAUAUGACCGACAACAUCGGGAAAACGCGGGAGAUCUCUUCGGAAGAUUCGCUGGCGACUCGUCGAGAGUACACGAAGGAGACGUUCAAACAACUGCAGGACAAAUUUAAGCUGCAGGAAAUACCUCUGGAGAGUUACGCGGCUUUCAAACGGCGCACUCAGGCCGCUCCGGGAGCAAUAAGUCGACAAGAAAGACUGAACCUUUUACCAGGCGACCUUGACAUCAUCCCGAAGAUCAUAUCUGGGACAGAGAACGUUGCACCGGCUGACACGAAUGCGAGCGAAACUGCCGUGGAUAAGCGAGAUCAGAGUCAAGAGGGCACGGUGAGGUCCAUUCUGAGAAAACAGCAGGGAAUCGAUCAUCCCGAUCAGGAGUCGGACACGAACUCAUCCAUCAGACGGCCGAAGAGGCGGAUCUUUCACGAACCGUCGCAGGAAACUAUGGAUCUGCUGACGGAACUGCGCAAGGUGAAGAGCUUGUUGAAGACUCCGUCCUGGGAGAAGGAUCUGGAUCUCGAUCAGAAACCGGUGCGGAUGCCGAAGCGUAUUUUACUGACAGACAAGGAAUUCUGUCUCUCGGUGGAGCGGGAAAACAGCGUGCGACGUCCGUCGAGGAUGAUCAACUCGCUGGAGACCACGGAAGAGGGUAAAGUUAUGGCGAAUCGGGAGGACAAAGAGAACAAGGAGUGUAACGAGACGAAAACCAAUCAGAGAUCACCCGGGCCAGCUCUGUUCGAGAAGAAGUGUUUGUCGUUGGACUACGCCGACGAAGAGAAGCCUCAGAAGCCGGAAGCCAGAGCGAUCUCUUUGGCCUCCGCGAGGGACCUGCCGUCCGAAAGCGGGGAGACUGACGAUUAUCCCGACAUGAUUUGCGACUCCAAGAGCUGCUCUUCGAGCGUUUUCAACUCUCCGUCCGAGGAGACAAACAAGAGAGAUCUGGUCGGCGAGCCGACGGAGGAGGAACCACCGAAGAAGCCUACUCAGAAUCAUUGCGCCGAGGUGGAUAUCGCCAUUCCCAUCGAUCAAAAGAUCAACAGUCCCAAAGGAGACGUCCAAGGGCGAACUAGCGAUCUCUACGAGAUCAUAUCGCCCCGAUCGACGCCGUUCCGCGUUAAGAAGCGACUCGGCAAAAUUUCCGUCGAAGAGACCGUCAAGCCGGAGAAUUUCACCCUCGGUUCUAAGGUCGACUGCCGAUCGGUCGUUGCUCAGAAACGGACCAAGUGCUUCCCCUUAUAACGCACGUCGAUCUGCCCGUGGGCGAGAUUCUCAUGGCACUGGCUCGUGUUCGUACCGUAAGGAGAUAGCGUUGCUGAUUCCGUCUCGCCUUAAUUCUUUCUUUCGAUAUCACGUUAAAUACAAGCGCGUUGUAUCGAAUACACAAUUAUUAAUAUGAUAUUUAAACAAAAAAAGAAAUUGAAGCAAAAUGUUGUAAAUGCUAAAAACUUUAGAUAUCUAAUCUGCAGUUUUUAUUCAUAAUUAGCAAAAUUUUAUGCAAAAGAUACUUAUUCUACAUGUUUUCUUUUUUUUUAGAAAAAAUAAAUUAUUUCACACUUGUGACACAAUUUUUAGAAUAUUCUAGAGCACGUUUUAUGAUUGCACUUUUAUAACAAAGAUGAAAAAAGAAUUAUUUAUUUUGAACGAUUACAUAUUAAAAAAUAUUAUACAGCGCAGAGGUGAAAGGAUCAAGUCGAGCGAAUGAUUCAUAAUAACAGUCACGUCUGUCUUCAUUCGGUACGAGCAUUCCUUCUUGAGUUGCUUCUAAGAUCAAACAAAUUAAUAAUUGAAAUCUCGUCAAUAACUCGCCUAGUAGAAAAAAAUGUCUCAAUAAAUUCGCGUUAAACGGAUAUUUUUCUGAUAUGAUGCUCGUCUUAAGAUGACUUUGUACACUAUCGCUAUUAGUUUUUAAUUAAGUCGAAAUUAAUCGUGAACGGCGGUAGAAAUUUCUAGUUCUACUUUGUACAACUGAAUAUAAUGAUGACAUCUGCUAAUUAACGCUUUUUCUAGCUUUCAAGUUGUUCCUUAUUGCACUUUUGCAGAUUUUUCUGCAAUAUGCUGUCGGAUACACAGCGAACGCAUAGAAAAUACGAUAACAAGUAAAGAGCAGGAAAGGAAAAAUUUGAAAGCACACCAUGGCGAUAGCAGAUGCCAUUUCGUUUCGCUCUAUUGUAUAAUAUCUUUAUAUUACAAAGUAUUACUAAUCUUUUAUUGGUCAAAUGAAAUGACAUCCUCUCGAAAGUAUAACGGACUUCGAUUAUGCGAACCGUUGGGAGACGGAAGAAGAAGAUGAAGAACGAAGAACAACGGAGACAUGUCAUCGUGUGGUUUCGGUAAAAAAUAAACGUCAGCUUAUGAGGAAGAUCUGUCCAGCUUUAGAGCCUAAUUCCGGAGUUUUUGGCGCAACGAAAUUUCGGGACGCGUGCGGAAGCUCCUAUCGAAAUAUUCUAAAGUGUACCCCGACCAUUUUUUACUCGACGUUUUCGAAGAAGGAGAAUGGCUCGAAAUGGAAACGAAAGCUCGAUACGACUGUAGACUUUUUACUCGACGCGCGCGGACGAGAGGGAUCCGGCGAAAAGAGAAACCCUUCUGUCGAGCAGAGAGUGCCUUGUUCAUGUGGAUAUAUAUUAUUUAAACAAAGAGAGAACAAACAUACGCGAAGAAGUUCUAAUCGAUGAUUUAAUUCCGACUGCGCGCCGGAUUUUCUGAAUGGGUCCACGGAGUCGCGCUCUCGUUGAAAGAUAUAUCGCAAUUUCCUCCUUCUCUUGUUUUUCCUGAAAAAUGAUUCUUGCGAUAUUGCGAGAGGAUCAAUUGCGGCUUUUAGAUUUUUUUUAAUACUCACUUGUGUGAUUCUUGCAAAUUUCUAACGAAACCUACACUUUGUAUCUCUGCGAUAAGUCGCCUUUAAAAAUUAGGAGGAAUCUUAUUGUUAGAUCGAAGGGAAAAAGUUUAAGAGAUCUAUCGGUGGAGUUUGGAAGAAUAUUGCGAGCUCGGGAGAGUGCGAUUCCCACGCAGAUGCGUGCGCCUGCCAAGCCUGCUCUUCGUUCGGCGCGGCACUUAACGUUUUAGCGGCAUAAAACUUAUAUUGUAUAAAUAAUGCAGAUUAAUCGCGUUCCUCUUAUAUAAUUUUCUAGAGAUAGUUAGGGUCGACAACGCGCGCACUAAAUUGUCUAUUUCGGAAAGUACAUUUAAAUGUAGAUAAAACGUAUAUAUUAUAUAGUAUACGUAAAGUACGUAAGUACGUAUCAUCGGUACGUAUUUCGGUGAGACAUGUUUGCGCGAUACGGAAUUAAUAAUGUCGGUGUGGAUGCACUCUUACCUCAUAAAUUAGUACUUUCUAAAGCUUAAUAAUCUCUCUCUCCCUCUCUCCCUCUCUCUCUCUCUCUCAUUACUGUACGGUAUAAUAACUGAUAACGUGGUUACUUUAAUUCAUAAAUUUGUCAAAGCGGAGCAUAUAAGAGCGCGCGUUCUAAUCGGAUACAAGCUCUCUUAAAUAACGAGAUUAAAUGCGUUUCGUCUCGAAAUACUAAACCCUCUCGAAGAUCUUCGUACGAUUACGUCCGCGGUAUAAAAGCGCGAAGAUGUCUGUGACGAAACUAUAAAUGCAUCUGGACCGACGUUAUGCACGUAUGCGUUCGGCAAAUAUUAUAGAAAUUAAUACAAGCUGGUAUAUAUCGUACACAUAUAUACAUAUUUAUAUAUGUAUACAUAUAUACCUAUAUAUGCGCGUACUUAAAUAGGUGUAAUUUUAUGGAUAUAACAGCUGGUGAGAUGUGCCAAAGAAAAAUUUAUUGUAUGUUACGAAGAAGUUACUUUUAUAUAUACACGUUGUAUAUAUAUAUACAUAUAUAUAUAUAUAUCUGUGUGUGCGCGCACAGGAAUGCGUGUCUGUGGGUGUAUGUGCGCGCGUCUCUCUGUGCAAUUGCAUUCGUUAUGUGUACAUACAGGUAAUGUGUACACGUGCGUAUGAAGUAAGUAUAUGCAUAUAUGGCUAGGAAUUUACAUAUAUUCUAUGUGCAUACGACCGGGGAUAUGGCACGAGGAUGCACAUAUUUGGAGCACAACUUGUGCGUCGAGGAAGAUCACGAUCCGCUAUUUUCUCUGUGUACGCACUUAAUUUAAUUAAUUCAAAAUGAACGGGGCCCGCUGCUAUCCUUAUCGCAAUCUCAUUUCCCAACUAGCGCACUUGAAUGUCUCGCGCGAUUAAUGUUUUAAUCGUUUAAUGCAACUCCCCGUCUACACCGCAAAUAUAACGGCGUCAUAAAGCGGCAUGAGGUCCUUAAAAAAAAAAAACUAUUGCAACCGUAAUUACUUUUUCCAAUUUACAAAUAGCGCAAAUGUUUGAAUGAAAGGAGAUGUUUUCUCUCGUAUUUGCAAAAUCUAUAACUAACUAUUCUCUUCAUACUUAUCGCGCAAUUCUGACGUUCUUCAUUCUGCCGAGUUUAACAUUUGAAUUUGUCAUAACAAGGAUCGCGAGUAUCCGACUGCCCAUCUUUACUCGAGUCAAUAUAGUCGAGGCUUAUUAGUGGCUCGUGAUCCUCCUUAAUCGUGUAAGACCGCAAUAGUGUACAUAGAUAUUUUCGGCCGGUGCAAUACCAUCAGAUAUAUGGUGAGACAGGGUUCGCUUUGUAAAUCGGAGGGCAAAACUCAUCCACUCUCGUGUAAAAACUUGAUAGAAAAACUCACCCCCCCCCCCCCCCCUCAAAGGCCGCGGCAGCUAUCCGUCCACCCUUUCGGCUGUACACGCGAAAAAGUGAAGAAUGCAAAAUACGUGAAUGCGCACCGUCGUUCUCGUGCGGCGACGACGUGACGAUAAACGGUUAUAUUGUAAUGUUACUAUUGCGACAAAUUUUCGUUCUCGCAGGCGAGAUUUAGCGUUCAAACGCGAACGCGCGAAUUAGUUGCUGUUACGAUUUUAGAAAACGUGCUCCACGCAUGAGAGGAUCGCUCCUCUUGCAUAACUUUUCUUCGAAGUAAUAAUUAAUCAUUUGAACACGAAUGUUUUACCGUUGGUUCCGAGAUAUAACGAUUGAGGAUAUAUUCUAUACACAUAUAUAUACGUAUAUAACUCUGUUCCUACAUAUAAAACUCCGUUUUAAUCGCGGUGAGGGAAGAGGAUGUUACGUCGGCGAUGCGCACCGCCGAGAACGUCAAGUUCGACAAGACGUAAAGAGCGCUACCGAACUGAAAAGAGUUCGGCGAAGUGAGAAAUAGCAGAGAAACGAAAUGUACAAGUUAGUUAAUACUCGAAUCAAUUCUAAACUAACGCGGCGCACGUUUAGAGCGUAGUGAUCGCGUGGCUUGAUUUUCUCAUCAUCGUGUGAAGUAAAAUCUCAGGAUCUAAGGACCGCGGCAAGCCGGAUACGUAUAUAACUGUUACUUAAGACGAGGCAACGGGGUUUCUGCCUAUACUUGAAAUGAUUCGAUCUCCUCCCGUUUACUCCUGAGGCGAUUCACCGAAUAACGUUAUAGACGUUAUAGACGUUUAGCAUAGAGCAAGAUGGUACAAUGGGACUGUAAUGUUAAUUAAUUUCUGUUUUUUUUUCCGCGUCACGUUGAACGUGCUACGCUAUGACACGUGUCAUUACAUAUACGUAAUUGUAUAAUACACACGUACGUCUACACGCAAUUACACGCACACGACACAAGCGACGUGAGUGUAUGGUUGUUCUGUGUAUGCAUGUACGCGAUAAGUAAGUAUCUCUAUAUGUGAUGGGCGUUCGCCACGUUCAUGUCAAUAAAAUUUCACAUUGUAACAAGCCAUUAGAAUUGCCGCCACGACUAACAGAACGAAUACGAACGUGCGAUGUAAAAGUAUAACGGAAGUCCGGGGACUCGCCGUGAGUGGUCACCGUAUAUGGCAAAACGCGCGAAAUCGAUUAUUCGUUUAUGAAAAUCUAUAAACCUUUUCGUAGAUUACGGAUUUCACUGAACCUCAUAAAACAUUGGCGAAUGCAAACUACUACUGAUUACGGGUUAGAUUCCAUCAAAGUACGUAAUUCCGCGGACAUUACAAAUAAAUUAUUUUUCAUUUUGAAUCCUUUCUAAGGAUUUAUUUUGAAUCCUUUCUAAGGAUUCAAGAUUGUUUAAUUUUGCAAAAAAGUUCUUUACUAAUCGAUAUUAUUUAAUAUUGUUUAACUAUUUAUCUUUAUAUUAAUAUUUAUUCAUACAGGAUGUCCUAAAAUUGCAGUAUGAUAUUUUGGAUGCUUUGCGAUGAAUUUAAAUCUCAAUUUUAGUAAUUUGUUGGUCAAAGAAAAAUUUUUUAUAGAAAAAAUAAAUAUUAAUGUGGAAGUAAAUGUAAAUAUCUGACAUUAAAUAUUUUUGUUAUUAUAUACAA